AUGGCGUCUGCGGCCGAGGGGGGCGCGGGAGCGGCGGCCGGGCCCGCGGCGGGGCUGCGGCUCGGGCUGGACGCGCUGGCGGCCGCGCUGGGCGCGUCGGAGCAGGCGCUGCGGCUCAUCGCCUCCAUCUUCCUGGGCUACCCGCUGGCCCUGCUGCACCGGCACUACCUUUUCUACUCCGACAGCUACCUCAUCCACCUCUUCCACGCCCUCACCGGCCUCGCCAUCGCCUACUUUAACUUCGGGUACCAGUUUUACCACUCCCUGCUGUGCGUCCUGCUGCAGUUCCUCAUCCUCCGGCUCAUGGGCCGCACGGUCACCGCCGUCCUCACCACCUUCUGCGUCCAAAUGGCCUACCUUCUUGCUGGCUACUAUUACACCGCCACGGGCACCUACGACAUCAAGUGGACGAUGCCGCACUGUGUGCUGACGCUGAAGAUGAUCGGUUUGGCCAUCGACUACUUCGAUGGAGGCAAAGACCAGAACUCCCUGACCCCAGAGCAGCGGAAGUACGCCAUCCGCGGGGUCCCGUCCCUGCUGGAGGUCGCGGGGUUCGCCUACUUCUACGGGGCCUUCCUGGUGGGCCCCCAGUUCUCCAUGAACCACUACCGGAAGCUGGUGCAGGGGCAGCUGACGGACGAGCCCGGGAAGGUGCCCAACAGCACCAUCCCGGCCCUCAAGCGCCUGAGCCUGGGCCUCGUCUACCUGGUGGUCUACACCCUGCUCAGCCCGUACAUCACCCACGACUAUCUCCUCACUGACGACUACGAAAGCCGCCCGCUCUGGUUCCGCUGCGUGUACCUGCUGGUCUGGGGCAAGUUCGUGCUGUACAAGUACGUCACCUGCUGGCUGGUCACGGAAGGCGUGUGCAUCCUCACGGGGCUCGGCUUCAACGGCUUCGGCGAGGAUGGGAGAGCCAAGUGGGACGCGUGCGCCAACAUGAAGGUGUGGAUGUUCGAGACCAACCCCCGCUUCACCGGCACCAUCGCCUCCUUCAACAUCAACACCAACGCCUGGGUGGCCCGCUACUUCUUCAAGCGCCUCAAGUUCCUGGGGAACAAGGAGCUGUCGCAGGCGCUGUCGCUGCUCUUCCUGGCGCUGUGGCACGGGCUGCACUCGGGCUACCUCAUGUGCUUCCAGAUGGAGUUUCUCAUCGUGGUCGUGGAGAAGCAGGCCGCCAACCUCAUCCGAGACAGCCCAGCGCUGAGCGGCCUGGCCUCCGUCCCGGCCCUGCAGCCGCUCUUCUACCUGAUCCAGCAAACCAUCCACUGGCUCUUCCUGGGUUACUCCAUGACCGCCUUCUGUCUCUUCACCUGGGACAAAUGGCUGAAGGUGUACAGAUCCGUCUACUUCAUCGGACACGUCUUCUUCUUGAGCCUCCUGCUCAUCCUGCCUUACAUGCGCAGAGCCUUGGUACCACGGAAAGAGAAGUUGAAAAGAAUGGAAUAGCCAAUUCCCCCCGGGUGGCCUACGGCAGGAAUGGUGCAGAAAUGUUUCCUCCACGGCACUCCCUAGGCCCAGAGCACAGAGUCCUAAGGAGCCGGGAGCAGCGUCUCUGCCAGCGAGUGUCCCCGGCCAGUGGGGAAGCUCUCGUGGGAGGAGCCGGGGGCCGCACCCCCUUUUCGGGCUCCCCCAUGCACGUUGCCUUAUCUCUCCCCCCACUAGCCAGGAAGCUGUUGUAUUCUUCUGCCAAUCUCCUCCGAGCUGAGCGCGGCCGCCGGGGGGGGGCUCUGGGGGCCGCCCGCGCCGCCUUUUCUAUCUCGGACUCUACCGGAUAAAACUCACUUCUGUGUGUUCCGUUUUUCCAC